AUGUCAUAUUUUGAUGAGAAGAACCCGGAGACGCCUAACCUUCGGUCCAGUCAAGGUUCAGGGUCUCAAACGCCAAGAUUGGAGGAAGAGCACCACUCAGAGCAUCACUCAGAGCCCAAGCCCAAGCCCGAUGCAGGUCAACCAAAGAGUCCCCGUCCUGCCGCAACCGCCAACGCCGAGGACGAUGUGAUUGAAAAAGACAGCACCAAAUCCGCUCCUGACCGGUGGAAGACAGUCAGUCAGCGUAUUCGCGAACGGGCGGGCACAAUAGCCCAGGCACUCGGUCGACCACAUGAACGAGACUCGGACGACCUGGCGGCCAGCAUGGGCCCAGAAUACUAUGGUGCCACCGACGAUAUCAAAAGCCACGAGGCGCGCAUGGCGGCGGAUGAAGAACAGCGGUUGAUGGGUACUGACCACAACUCACAAGCGCAGCAUUUGCUUCGACAAUUAGGACUUCGGCAUCAUCGGCGACAGUCGAGCGGUGUUUUAGGUUCUGAUACGGGCGAGGGGCAAUCGGGUGCAACCACCCCAGGUGCGAUGACGCCGGGCGAGAGCGGUGCAUCCACGCCGCUCAAUGGGGGCCUCUUGUCACAUCUCCUCCGUGUGUAUGCCAACAACAUGGAAUCGGCAAGUCGUAUGAGUGUGGCCACCACGGCAGCCGCCUCGGACCCCGAGACGGAGACUCUCCCGUACAGACACUCAGGAUCAGGGACGCCGGGCAAUGCCACGCCCAUGCCGGGCGUAGCUACAUGGACGAAUACCGGAACGAAUACAGGGACUGCGACCCCCGCGGUUGGAACCCCGACGGGAAAGAAAGAAAAGGUCAAAUGGUAUAAGAGCGCCAACAAUAGCAGGGAAAAUGUGAGCCAGAAGCCUUCGGGACAUCACUACACUUCAUCCCUCAUCUCAGCAUCCAUGGGUAUGGGUCGAGUCGGCGUUCCAGCCGCUCAUGGCCCUCCACCCAUGACAGCGAAAGAGAGACGAAAGCGGAAACGCAAGAAUGCACAGGAAGUCAAAUUGACCGUCCACAUUGCUGCCAUGCUUGCCCGCCAGCAGUACAUCAUGCAGUUGUGCCGCGCAUUGAUGAAGUACGGUGCACCCACUCAUCGUCUGGAGGAGUACAUGGUGAUGACGUCCAAUGUUCUCGACGUCAACGCGCAAUUCCUCUACAUCCCAGGCUGCAUGUUCAUGUCAUUCGACGAUCCGUUAACUCGCACCGCCGAGGUGAAGAUUAUCCGUGUGGUGCAGGGUCUGGAUCUUUCACGACUGGCCGAGACUCACAAUGUCUACAAGAACGUCGUGCACGAUGUGAUCAGUGUUGACGAGGCUACCGGCCAACUGGACACAAUCAUGCAAUGUAAACCUCGAUACAACCGCUGGAUUCUCAUUCUUCUCACAGGCCUGGCCAGUGUAGCGGUGGGGCCCUACGCCUUCUCUGCCCGGCCUAUCGACCUUCCCAUCAUCUUCAUUCUUGGCUGUCUGGUCGGAUUCAUGCAACAUGUCCUUGCGCCUUCAUCUGCCACUUACACCAACGUCCUUGAAGUCUCCGCCGCAAUCCUCACCUCCUUUCUCGCCCGCGCCGUUGGAAGUAUCAGUCACAACGGCGAGCGAGUGUUUUGUUUCGCCGCCAUGGCUCAAUCCUCCAUCGCUAUGAUUCUCCCCGGAUUUGCCGUUCUUUCAUCCUCUCUCGAACUGCAAAGCCACCAGAUGAAUGCCGGAUCCAUCCGCAUGGUCUUCACCCUCAUCUAUUCUCUGUUCCUCGGCUACGGUGUCACCGUCGGUACCACCAUCUACGGCCUCAUGGACAACAACGCCACUGCCGACUCUACCUGCCCCAAUCCCACCGGCCCAUGGGGCAAUGAAUACAUCCAGCAUUUCCCCUUUGUCGCUCUCUUCUGCCUCUUCGCUGCACUCAUCAAUCAAGCCAAACCUAAACAACUCCCCGUCACCGUCAUCAUGGGUGUAUGCGGAUACGUUACAAAUUACUUCUCCACCAAGAAGUUGGGCGCAAAUCAAGUCGCAAACACCGUUGGUGCAUUCACCAUUGGCCUGCUGGCGAAUCUCUAUUCGCGCAUCUGGCACGGUCACGCCGCGGCAGCAAUCAUUCCGGGUAUUUUCACCCUCGUCCCAUCUGGGCUGGCCAGCAGUGGAUCGAUCCUCAGUGGAUUGCAAUACUCCGAGGCUGUCAAGAGCGGCCAUGUGAGCAACAUCAACAGCAGCACCAGCGGCAGUAACCUACUGGGAUUGGGUUACGGCAUGAUUCAAACGGCUAUUGGUAUCUCAGUGGGUCUGUUUGUCUCUGCGCUGAUUGUGUAUCCGCAUGGAAAGAAGAGGAGCGGUAUCUUCAGUUUAUGA